AUGUACAUUGUCACUUCCGCGUUCCUUACAUAGCAACAACAGCAGAGCCAAAAUGGCGGCCGGCGGAGAUCCUGCGUGACACCGAGCCUGGUCUCAGCACAGAACCCUGCGGUUCCCCAUCGGCGCCAUGGCCUCCGCUCACGGGCGGCUGGGUCAGCACCUCCAGGCCGUGCUGGAUGUGGUUCUGCGGGUCCCGAGCAUCUUUAUAAUCGACGCCAUAUUCAACUCGUACUCAGAUCCCGGUACCGGAUGGACCGGAACCGCCGGGAGAGCGUUAAUCCGCGCGCUGGGUAUUCUGGUUUCCAGCGUGGUUCUGGUGCUUUCCCAGAAGUCCCUGUUCAAGUUCUACACUCUGUUCGCGGCCGUUCUGCUGGGCGCGGCGUCGGUCCUCAUCAACUACUACGGCACGUCGCACAUUGACUUCUACAGCACGUAUAACCGAGCGGCGCUGGGCUUGGGCCUGCUGCAGCUAAUCCUAGGACUGGGCUACGUUUCGCUGCUAAACGUGCCAUCGCUUUGUGCCGCGUUGCUGGUGCUGGACGUCAUGCUCCCGCUGUGGGGCCUGAUGCUGGAGCUCCCGGCGCACUUGCGUCAGGCGCUAGCACUGGCGUCGGGGGCGAUUCUCGCGACGCACGCAACCGUUAAUCUGCUGUGGAAGCUGAAGUGGUUCUACUACUCGUGCCGCUACGUCUAUCUACUCCUGCGCCACAUGUACCGCAUCUACGGCCUGCAGCUGCUGCUGGAGGACACCUGGAAGCGCAUACGCUUCCCCGACAUCCUGCGCGUCUUCUGGCUAACGCGCAUGACGGCGCAAGCAGUCAUACUAGUGUACGUAGUGCGCGUGGUUCGCUCGGAAAGCGGCCUGCAGCUCGGCUGGGACUUGUUUUGGGACUUGACCAGCAACUUGAUCAUCAGCGGCUGCGAUUCGAUGCUCACCGUGUUGGGAAUGAGCGCAGUUAUCUCGUCACUCGCGCAUUACUUGGGACUUAGCAUCCUAGCAUUCAUCGGCUCAACCGAGGAGGAGGAUAAGCGGCUGGGGUUUGUCGCGCCAGUGCUGUUCUUCAUCCUCGCUUUGCAGACGGGAUUAAGCGGACUGGAUCCCGAAGAGCGACUGAUCCGGCUUAGCCGGAACAUGUGCCUUCUGCUAACCGCGAUUCUGCAUUUCAUCCACGGAAUGACGGAUCCGGUGCUAAUGUCGCUAAGCGCCUCGCACGUCUCGUCAGUGCGCAGGCAUGUUCCCGUGCUGCUGGUGUCGCUAGUCCUCUUCGCUCUCCCCGUCCUGCUUAGCUAUGUUCUAUGGCAUCACUACGUGCUAAACACGUGGCUCUUCGCCGUCACCGCGUUCUGCGUGGAGCUCUGUCUCAAAGUCCUCGUCUCGCUCACCGUCUACGCUCUAUUCAUGAUCGACGGCUUCUACAACGUGCUCUGGGAGAAGCUGGACGACUAUGUCUACUACGUGCGCUCCACCGGCAACAUCGUCGAAUUCGUCUUCGGCGUGAUCAUGUUCGGAAACGGCGCGUAUACGAUGAUGUUCGAGUCGGGAAGUAAAAUCCGCGCGUGCAUGAUGUGCCUGCACGCGUAUUUCAACAUCUACCUGCAGGCGAAGAACGGCUGGAAGACGUUUAUCAACCGUCGCACCGCCGUCAAGAAGAUCAACUCGCUCCCGGAAGUCAAAGGCACGCGGCUGAGGGAGAUCGAGGACGUUUGCGCGAUCUGCUAUCAGGAGUUCGCCGCGUCCGCGCGCAUUACGCCGUGCCACCACUACUUCCACGCGCUGUGUUUACGCAAAUGGCUGUAUAUUCAAGACACGUGUCCCAUGUGCCACCAGCGCGUCUACAUCGAGGACGACGGACACGAGCGCAACGCAUUCUCCAAUAACAAUGGCUACGCCGCGCCGGGGCAGGAGAGGGCGGAGUUUGAGGGAGAAGAAGGCGGGGCUGAUGUGGGUGGAGCCGCCGGAGGGGCGGAGCCUGAAAACGAGCUUCUGGAGGACAACGACAGCAUCGAGUACGACGAGGAGGAGUGGGGGACGCAGCCAGGCGUGACGCUCGUAGAGGAAGAGUACAUUAACGAAGACACGGACUCCAACUGAAGCAGCGCAGAUGUUUAAAUUAAAAACGAUUGCGAGAUCAGGGACGUUAUGCUUUUGUUUGUGUGUGUGUGUUCGGAUAAAAGGGCUGAUCUUGUGUUGUUCCUGAAACGCUCUUGACCAUGUUUGGCUGAACGAUAAAGAGUAGGGCUGCAAAACGAUUAAUCGCGAUUAAUCGAUUCAAAAUAAAAGUUAUGUUUAC